AUGAAGGUCAUGAAGAAGAACUUGUUUGUGAACAAGGUCAUCGGAAGUCUUAGGAAGAGAGGUUCCUCCCCGCGCGCAUCGGACGCUGCAUCUGAUGAUGGCGCACCACCUGCUGCUGCUGUAUCGAAUCCCGGACAGACACCCGAGUCAUCUGCGCGGGACAGUGUGGGCGACGAAAUCCUCUUCCUGCCACCCAUCGUCGACGCGGCCGAAUCGUCGCCAGCCGCCGCAGCCGAGUGCGCUCGCGUCAUCGGCAAGUUUCUCGACAAGUCAUACAACAACCGUCCAUCAUGGCAGUACAACGCGCUCAUACUCAUGCGCAUCUUGACGGAUAACCCGGGUGAGACGUUCACACGAAACCUCGGCAACAGCGGCAGCAGGAUUGGCGUCGUAGGCCACAAUGAUGUCGACUUCCCCGAGAGGUGCCGCAAGCUGCUCAAGCACGGCAAAGAUCAGAGGGUGCAGCGCAUGACUAUGGAGACGCUCGAUCACUUUGAACGCACCAGGUCGUGGGACGAGAACCUCGCGCCUCUGAUUGAGAUGUGGAAGGGGCAGAAGGAGACGGCGUACAAGGACUAUGCAAAUGCCCACGGUCACAUUCCUCCCCAACAACGAUUCCCAACGACAUCGGCCAACUCUCCGUUCCCGACCAACCCCUAUCCGCAACACUAUUUUGCCAGCGACGGGCAGAGCCACAACGGCCCCAACAGCAACGCGAUGCCCGGGGCAAGAUCUCUGCCCGACCCGCUCGAGCUCUCUAGCCGUCUGGAGGAGGCCCGCACGUCGGCUAAGCUCCUCGAGCAGGUCGUCAUCAACACCCCGCCCUCCGAGGUCCUCGACAACGAGCUCAUCCGCGAGUUCGCCGAACGCUGCCAGGGCGCGUCCCGCAACAUCCAGAGGUAUAUGCAGUCCGACGACCCCGUUCCCGACAAUGACACGAUGGAGUCCCUCAUCGACACGAACGAGCAGCUCCAGACGGCCCUCAACCAGCAUCAGCGCACCGUCCUCAACGCCCGGAAACAGCUUGGCCUCAACGAGCGCGGCGGGGACGAAUCGCCUAACAACAGCAACAGCAACAUGGUCAGCGGGGCGCACGGCUCCGGCUCAGGUGCCGCACCCUCCGACUCGGUGUCUAGUAUCCACGAAUGGCCUGGUGCGUCGUCCCAGCAGCAGCAGCAAGAACGGAUUGGUGACCUGCAGUCUCCCCCUACUCCUGAACUCUCUUCGUCAUACUCUGGGAAUGGGAAGGGGAAGCAGACGAACAAUGACAACGGCAACGGCGACGCGGAUGGCGUAUAUGCCGGCUACGCGUCCGGCUACGCAUCCGGCUACGCAUCCGGUCCAUCUGGUUCCUCUGCGGCGGGGGCGGGGGCGGCAGCGCAACUUCAGUCGGACGAUAAGGAUCCCUUCCGCGAUCCGCAACCCAACGGGCCGCGCACGAAUUACGACCCUUUUGACAGGCCGUUUGCUCCUGCUUCAGUUGGAGACGGCGGCGCAGACAAGAUUACUGUCGAUCCUCCUUAUGGUGGCAGCAAGGAGCCGAUGUAUCGGUACUGA